CUUAUCAUAUUUCUAAUCUAAUUUCAUGGGUUUUUUUUUUGCAUUUCCAUGAUAUAUAUAACUUCAUCUAGAAUUACUGAAGUACCUAUGUUUUACAUCUUCAAAAGUAAUAAAAAUAUGUGAAAGUUUUUGUACCAACGUCUCUGUAAAGUAAAUAAUUUAUAUCCAAAAAACAUGUGAAAUGUGAAUGAAUAGCCACCUAUCUAAUCUGAUUAGAGGAUGGAGAUCUACUCCUAGCUCUUGGUACGGAGAUCAGUAUGCAUUGAAAAGAUUUAGAAGAUAACAAUCUCACAUUUUAGGUACCAAAUAGGGUUGAAAGACAGCUAAUACUGGAAUCCAAUAACUGUAAGAGUGGAAACUAUGCACGAGCUGUUUGUGACUUGGUAAAUUAUUUUCAGAGUUGCUUCUGAAAUCAGCACGAGUGAGAGUACUAAUGAAUGUUAGAAAAACUUAAAAACUUGAGAACUAAAGUUCCUUGACCAUGUGAGGACUCGAAGAAAAAGGACUUAGUCUGGCUUCAAAGUCUUAGAAGAUUUUUGGGAUUCUUUUGAGUCUUCAAUCCAUUGAUUAAUUGAUUCUGCCCCCACCUGCGUCUUAGUAAUCCUCAUUUUCUCAUAUUCAAAGCUGUAAUAAAAAGCAAUUGAAAGUAUAGCAUGAUUUAGGAUGAAUAGAUGGAGUUGCACAAUAUGGAUAAUAGUUAUUUAAUCACUACUCUAAUGAUGCAUGCACAUUAGUGUGUUCACCGAGUUAGGGGUUGCCUUAUCAGUGACCUCUUUGGUUUCAGUUAAGUGGAAGCCCCAAUGUCUUGAGGCUGAAAUAGUAUUUAACCUUCUUCGCUGAGGAAUGGGUUGUGUGCUGCUAAGGCAUAAGUACCAGUGUUCAAUGAAUCAAAUAGUAUUUCAGUUUUCAUCUCAUAUUUUCUUUGUUCAGAUUGGUAGUGGCGAGAUUCCUGAUGAAACCACCCUUGUAUGUUCUAGAGGAUCAGACAGUGCCCUGGAGUUGCUAUCAACCUGCAAGCUAGCGAAUCUAACAGUAAAAGCCGAGCUUGGCUGCUGCUUGCUUCACAGGAGUGGAAGGCUAACGAUUGAUGGAUGUGUGCUUCAAUGUGAAACAAACCCUUUGGAUCAUCUCUCAUGCCCAAUCGUGAGCACUGCUGGAGGAGAUGAAGAAGAUAACUUGAGCUGCCAUGUGGAAGUUAAGGAAACUGUUGUUGAAAAGAUUAAGGGAAACAGUGUGACUGGUAAACUUCACGGGGGGGGGGACGUUAACAACAAGUCGUCGAGGAACAGUAAUGUUGAAGAGAAAGUAUGCAAAGAUUGUGGGAACAGAGCAAAGAAAGAGUGUCUGUUCGAAAGGUGUAGGACUUGCUGCAAAAGCAGAGGAUACAACUGUGCCACUCACGUGAAGAGCACGUGGGUUCCUUCUUCUCAUCGUCGCUCCGUGAGCCGCUCUUCUUCUUCGUCUUCCGACAGGAACAAGAAGCUCAAAAUCGAUUCUUCCGACAAACCCAAAAGUGUCUUGAUCGUUCCGACAACCACUUCUCGCCAAGAGACAAGCUUCAAGGAAAGAUUACCGGGAAAAAUCGAAGCUCCGGCGGUUUUUAAACGGACGAGAGUAACAGCGGUAAGCAACAACGAACAAGCAGAGAUCGGUUAUCAAGCGACUGUAACCAUAAGUGGUCAUGUCUUCAAAGGCUUUCUUCAUUACUAUGGUGUUGAUCACAACAAAUCAUUUCUCUGUCUUUCUAAUAAAUGAUGUAACAAGUUCAUAGGCCGUUACAUUAAAACAUUAACCAAGUUAUUU